AUGUCUCUGGGGCGACUCCUCCGACGUGCCUCUUCGAAAGCUUCCGACCUCCUGACCCUGACUCCUGGUGGCAGCAGCACUUCACCGUCCAUGCUCGAUGGGGAGAUCAUCUACUCGAAGAACAAUGUCUGUGUCCACCCACCUGAGCUGCUGCAAGGCAUUGGGGAGCACCAUCCAGGCUAUUUGUGCUUGUACAUGGAGAAGGAUGAGCUCCUGGGCACCACGCUGAUCCUGGCCUGGGUGCCCAACUCCCGCAUCCAGAGGCAGGAUGAGGAGGCUCUGCGCUACAUCACCCCCGAGAGCUCCCCCGUCCGCAAAGCUCCGCGGAAACGCGGCCGACACGCUCAGGGCUUCGGCCCCCCCCCGCGCAGCGACUCAGGGAUCCUCUCCACCGUCAGCUCCCAGGAGGAGCAGAACAGGUCGGAGCUGUCGGCAGAGGGCACGGAGGAGUGUCUGGACUGCAGGCCAGAGCCGGGGGAGGACGAGGGCUCCCUGGAGCUGUCUGCUGAUGAUGUGAGCAGGGACAGCACCUUUGACUCUGAUUCGGAUGCCUUCUCCUCCCCCUUCUGCCUCUCUCCCAUCAGUGAAGCCCUCGGGAAGAGCAGCAGUUCUGUGUUUCUGGACAAUGAGAGCAG